GCUUUUGUUCGCGUGGUGAGCGCUCGUACAGAAGAAAAUUUCAAUUUCCGGCUGCGUGAGCUCUAUCUUCUUCCGCCCGUAGAGGCUGCUUACGUUUCUGAUGUAUGGCUGGAUAUCUGGAAAUACAGAAUUGUGCGAUGUUGGACAGACAAAGUCAUGGACUUUGGCAUGCACGCUACUUCGCAGGUGGCUCUUUGCGUUACGCGCGUUCGUGAGCAGCGGCAGUGGCCAUGUGUGCGUUCAAAAAAGUGA